UCUCCUCUAUAAAAAGGCCACUACCCCCAGCUAGCAGCACCCUGUAAGCUCCUCCAAUCUCCAUCCUACUUGUUCCUCUGGUGUACUAGGUUAAAUUUACAAAAAAAAAAUGUCUAAACUCCUACAAAGUAUCGUCACUGUCAUUGAUGUUUUCUACCAAUAUGCCACCCAGGAUGGGGAGUGUGACAUGUUGAACAAGGAAGAACUGAAAGAGCUUUUAGAAAAUGAAUUUCAUCAAAUUCUGAAGAAUCCAGAUGAUCCAGACACUGUAGAUAUCAUCAUGCAAAAUCUGGAUCAAGAUCAUGACAAGAAAGUGAAUUUCACUGAGUAUCUUCUGAUGAUAUUCAAACUGGCUCAGGCUUGCAAUAAGAUCAUCGGCAAAGAUUAUUGCCAUGCUUCAGGGUCAAAGCAGAGAGACCAUCAGCACCAGCACCAAGAGGAACAAAGUGAAACAGAAGAGGAGGACAAAAGACAAUUUCAUUCAAGGUCAAGUACAGGAGAGAAUAAUUCCUAUUCCAGGGGCUCCAGGAGAAGCAUUAAAUACAGGCCUAGGUCCAGCUACAGAAGAAUGGAGCAUCAAGGAGGCUUGUCUAGUUCAGAACACAGGCAAAGUUCUGGGGAAAGAAGGACAGAGACAAGUUCAGGCCACUUAAAAGAUUGUAAGACAAACAAGCAUGGCUCUCAUCAGCAAGAGAGGUCUGGGAGUCAAUCUUCUGGUCAGAGGCAAUAUAGAUCCAAUUCAAGUGGUCAAUCAGGACUUAGUAGACAACAAAAAUAUGAUUCUGAAUCAAAAGAGUCUUCAAGCUAUGAGGGAUAUGGGUCUGAAUCAGGCCAGUCCAUAAGCAAAGGUAAAAAUCAAUCAAGUUCCUAUGAGUCCUCUACCCAGAGGACUGGUCAUCAGUCAGAAGGUUAUGGAAGACAAAAGCAUAGAUCUGGCUCAGAUCAGUCCUCUGCCUCUGGUCACCAUGGGUCUGGCUCAAGACAGUCUUCUAACUGUAGCCAUGAAGAGUCUGGAUCUGGAGAUCUUUCUAGCUAUAAACAAUAUGAUUCUAGCUCCAAUAAUUCUUCUAGGCAAAAAUAUCAUGAAUCCAACUCAGAUGGUCAUUCAGGGAAUUGUGGAAGACAAAAUCAUGGCUCUGGGUCAGGGCAGUCCUCUAAUUAUGGAAAAUUUGGACCUGGUUCUAAUCAGUCUUCUAGUCAGAAAUACCAUGAGUCUAGUUCAGGAUCCAGUUUAGGUGAAUCAUCAAGCUGUGGACAACAUGGAUCUGGAUCAUGUCAGUCUUCUGGCUUUGGACAACAUGGGUCUGGCUUAGGUCAAUCUUCUAGUUACGGACCAAAUAGUUCUACUUCAAGACAGUCAUCAAGUUGGGGACACUAUGGAUCUGGCUUAAGUCAGUCUUCUAGGCACAGCCGACAUGGGUCUAGCUCACAAGAGUCUUCUAAUUGUGCACGACAUAGGUCUGGCUCAAGUCAAUCUUCUGGCCACAGCCUACAUGGGUCUGGCUCAAGAGAGUCUUCUAGCUAUGGACAACAUAGGUCUGGCUCAAGUCAAUCUUCUGGCCACAGACAACAUGGAUCUGGAGCAUGCCAGUCUUCUGGUUUUGGGCAACAUGAGUCAGGAUCAGCUCAGUCUUCUAGCCAUAGCCAACAUAGGUCUGGAUCAGGCCAGUUUUCUGGAUAUGGACAACACAGAUCUAGCUCAGGUCAGGCCUCUAGAUAUGGUCAUCAUGGGUCCGGAUCAGGCCAGUCUUCUGGCUAUGGACAAUAUAGAUCUGGCUCAGGUCAGUCCUCUAGAUAUGGUCACCAUGGGUCUGGAUCAAGUCAGUCUUCUGGCUUUGGGCAACACGAGUCUAGCUCAGGAGAGUCUUCUGGCACUGAGCAGAGAUCUGCCUUAGGUCAAUCAUCAAGCUCUGGACAGAACGAAUCUGGAUAUGGUCUAUCCUCUAGCUAUGGACAACAUGGCUAUGCUUCUGGACAGACAUCAAGCUGUGGUCAACAAGGAUCUGGAUCAGGUCAAUCCUCUAGAUAUGGUUACCAUGAGUCUGGAUCUGGUCAGUCUUCUGGCUUUGGUCAACACAAGUUUGGAUCAGGCCAAUCUUCUGGUUUUGGGCAACAUGGGUCUGGAACCAGUCAGUCUUCUAGUUAUGGCCAACAUGGGUCUAGAUCAGGUCAGUCUUCUGGCUUUGGGCAACAUGAGUCUAGCUCAGGUCAAUCCUCUAGCUAUGGACAACAUGGUUCUGCUUUUGGACAGUCAUCAAACAGUGCUCAACAUGCAUCUAGUUCAGGCCAGUCCUCUAGCUUUGGGCAACAUGGAACUGGAUCUGGUCAGUCUUCUGGCUCUGGUCAACAUAGGUUUGGAUCAGGCCAGUCUUCUGGCUUUGGGCAACAUGGGUCUGGAACCAGUCAGUCUUCUAGUUAUGGCCAACAUGGGUCUGGAUCUGGUCAGUCUUCUGGCUUUGGACAACAUGGGUCUGGAUCAAGCCAGUCUUCUGGCUUUGGACAACAUGGGUCUGGAACCAGUCAGUCUUCUAGUUAUGGCCAACAUGGGUCUGGAUCUGGUCAGUCUUCUGGCUUUGGACAACAUGGGUCUGGAUCAGGCCAGUCUUCUGGCUUUGGACAACAUGGGUCUAGAUCCAGUCAGUCUUCUAGUUAUGGCCAACAUGGCUUUGGCUCAGGUCAAUCUUCUGGUUUUGGGCAACAUGAAUCUGGAUCCAGUCAGCCCUCUAGUUAUGGCCAACAAGGGUCUAGGUCAGGUCAGUCUUCUGGCUUUGGGCAUCAUGGGUCUGGAUCAGGUCAAUCUUCCAGCUAUGGUCAGCAUAGGUCUGGAUCAGGACAUUCUUCUGGCCAUGGUCAGUAUGGGUCUGGCUCAAAUCAAUCCUCUAGCUAUGGACAAUAUGGUUCUGCUUCAAGACAGACAUCAAGCUGUGGUCAACAUGGAUCUGGAUCAGGCCAGUCUCCUAGCUAUGGCCAAAACAGAUUUGGCUCAGGUCAGUCUUCUAGAUACAGUCAUCAUGGGUCUGGAUCAGGCCAGUCUUCUGGCUAUGGACAAUAUAGAUCUGGCUCAGGUCAGUCCUCUAGAUAUGGUCACCAUGGGUCUGGAUCAAGUCAGUCUUCUGGCUUUGGGCAACACGAGUCUAGCUCAGGAGAGUCUUCUGGCACUGAGCAGAGAUCUGCCUUAGGUCAAUCAUCAAGCUCUGGACAGAACGAAUCUGGAUAUGGUCAAUCCUCUAGAUAUGGUUACCAUGAGUCUGGAUCUGGUCAGUCUUCUGGCUUUGGUCAACACAAGUUUGGAUCAGGCCAAUCUUCUGGUUUUGGGCAACAUGGGUCUGGAACCAGUCAGUCUUCUAGUUAUGGCCAACAUGGGUCUAGAUCAGGUCAGUCUUCUGGCUUUGGGCAACAUGAGUCUAGCUCAGGUCAAUCCUCUAGCUAUGGACAACAUGGUUCUGCUUUUGGACAGUCAUCAAACAGUGCUCAACAUGCAUCUAGUUCAGGCCAGUCCUCUAGCUUUGGGCAACAUGGAACUGGAUCUGGUCAGUCUUCUGGCUCUGGUCAACAUAGGUUUGGAUCAGGCCAGUCUUCUGGCUUUGGGCAACAUGGGUCUGGAACCAGUCAGUCUUCUAGUUAUGGCCAACAUGGGUCUGGAUCUGGUCAGUCUUCUGGCUUUGGACAACAUGGGUCUGGAUCAGGCCAGUCUUCUGGCUUUGGACAACAUGGGUCUGGAACCAGUCAGUCUUCUAGUUAUGGCCAACAUGGGUCUGGAUCUGGUCAGUCUUCUGGCUUUGGACAACAUGGGUCUGGAUCAGGCCAGUCUUCUGGCUUUGGACAACAUGGGUCUAGAUCCAGUCAGUCUUCUAGUUAUGGCCAACAUGGCUUUGGCUCAGGUCAAUCUUCUGGUUUUGGGCAACAUGAAUCUGGAUCCAGUCAGCCCUCUAGUUAUGGCCAACAAGGGUCUAGGUCAGGUCAGUCUUCUGGCUUUGGGCAUCAUGGGUCUGGAUCAGGUCAAUCUUCCAGCUAUGGUCAGCAUAGGUCUGGAUCAGGACAUUCUUCUGGCCAUGGUCAGUAUGGGUCUGGCUCAAAUCAAUCCUCUAGCUAUGGACAAUAUGGUUCUGCUUCAAGACAGACAUCAAGCUGUGGUCAACAUGGAUCUGGAUCAGGCCAGUCUCCUAGCUAUGGCCAAAACAGAUUUGGCUCAGGUCAGUCUUCUAGAUACAGUCAUCAUGGGUCUGGAUCAGGCCAGUCUUCUGGCUAUGGACAAUAUAGAUCUGGCUCAGGUCAGUCCUCUAGAUAUGGUCACCAUGGGUCUGGAUCAAGUCAGUCUUCUGGCUUUGGGCAACACGAGUCUAGCUCAGGAGAGUCUUCUGGCACUGAGCAGAGAUCUGCCUUAGGUCAAUCAUCAAGCUCUGGACAGAACGAAUCUGGAUAUGGUCAAUCCUCUAGAUAUGGUUACCAUGAGUCUGGAUCUGGUCAGUCUUCUGGCUUUGGUCAACACAAGUUUGGAUCAGGCCAAUCUUCUGGUUUUGGGCAACAUGGGUCUGGAACCAGUCAGUCUUCUAGUUAUGGCCAACAUGGGUCUAGAUCAGGUCAGUCUUCUGGCUUUGGGCAACAUGAGUCUAGCUCAGGUCAAUCCUCUAGCUAUGGACAACAUGGUUCUGCUUUUGGACAGUCAUCAAACAGUGCUCAACAUGCAUCUAGUUCAGGCCAGUCCUCUAGCUUUGGGCAACAUGGAACUGGAUCUGGUCAGUCUUCUGGCUCUGGUCAACAUAGGUUUGGAUCAGGCCAGUCUUCUGGCUUUGGGCAACAUGGGUCUGGAACCAGUCAGUCUUCUAGUUAUGGCCAACAUGGGUCUGGAUCUGGUCAGUCUUCUGGCUUUGGACAACAUGGGUCUGGAUCAGGCCAGUCUUCUGGCUUUGGACAACAUGGGUCUGGAACCAGUCAGUCUUCUAGUUAUGGCCAACAUGGGUCUGGAUCUGGUCAGUCUUCUGGCUUUGGACAACAUGGGUCUGGAUCAGGCCAGUCUUCUGGCUUUGGACAACAUGGGUCUAGAUCCAGUCAGUCUUCUAGUUAUGGCCAACAUGGCUUUGGCUCAGGUCAAUCUUCUGGUUUUGGGCAACAUGAAUCUGGAUCCAGUCAGCCCUCUAGUUAUGGCCAACAAGGGUCUAGGUCAGGUCAGUCUUCUGGCUUUGGGCAUCAUGGGUCUGGAUCAGGUCAAUCUUCCAGCUAUGGUCAGCAUAGGUCUGGAUCAGGACAUUCUUCUGGCCAUGGUCAGUAUGGGUCUGGCUCAAAUCAAUCCUCUAGCUAUGGACAAUAUGGUUCUGCUUCAAGACAGACAUCAAGCUGUGGUCAACAUGGAUCUGGAUCAGGCCAGUCUCCUAGCUAUGGCCAAAACAGAUCUGGCUCAGGUCAGUCCUCUAGAUAUGGUUAUCAUGAGUCUGGCUCAGGUCAGUCUUCAGGUUCUGGGCAACAUGGGUCUGGAUUAGGUCAGUCUUCUAGCUAUGGUCAACAUGAGUCUGGAUCAAGUAGAUCUUCUAGCCAUAGCCGACAUGUAUCUAGCUCAGGUCAGUGUUCUAGUUCUGAACAAUAUGGGUCUGGCCCGUGUCACUCAGCUAGCUCUGAGCAGUGUGGCUCUAGAUUUGGUCAGUGUUCUAGCUCUGAACAAUAUGGGUAUGGUUCAUGUCAAUCAUCUACCUCUGGACAACAUGGUUCUGGAUCUGGUCAAUAUUCUGGCUCUGAACAGUACAGAUCUGGUUCAUGCCACUCAUCUAGCUCUGGACAAUGUGGUUCUGGAUCUGGCCUGUGUUCUAACUAUGAGCAACAUGAAAUACAAGGGAGAUGUAGGUCAAGUUCAAGUGGAACUCAUAAUGAGUGUAGUAGACCCAAAAUGGGCUUAGUCCCUAAUCAAUCAAUAAGAAACAGCCAGGAAUGGUCAGAGUGUGGCCAAAAAGAAAGAGGUAGGAGUUAUGGCCUAUCAGAUAGGGGGCCUGAUGGAUAUGAGAGUAUUCAUGGGCAGUCAAGAACAUGUAGGAAACAAAGCCAAGGAUGGAGCCAAGGUCCAUUGGAAUCUGGUUGUAUACAUUCAAACUGUAAUGAAGGGCAAUCAAGAAGCAGUUAUAGAAAAGUAGAAAGUUCCUCAAGUUGUGGCUUUGGGCAGUUUACACCCUCAUAUGGACAGUCUAGAUCCAACACUACCAAUACAUUGUUAAUUUGCAAGGAGGGUAAUAAACAAGAUGACUAUUGUUAUAAGAGACAAGGGGAUAACAGUGGAGGGAAAAGUACUUGCCCAAGUUCCCACAGUGUCCAUAGCAGCAUGCCACUCUAUGAAUAUGUCCAAGAGCAGCGGUGCCAAUUCUAGGGAUGAAUAAUAAAUAGAAGUGAAAUGAAAUUAACUUAAGUAUCCAUUUAAGAAAAUACAAAACUAUUAUAGAUAAGCAAUUCAUUAUAAAACUUAUUUUAAGAGUGGGUAUAUCUAUUUCUUCUUCUAAACAUGUACUCUAUUCCUUGUUAUUAAGGUUCCCUCAGAAGAAUGUAGGGUAUGUGGGCACUUUGUUAAGAAAUAUUGAGUUAAACAAAUUAUGUGUGGGAGUAACUUUGAAAAAACAUACAAAGCAUAUGAGGAGCAUGGGGUUUAGUCAAGGUAUCUUUUUGAGAACUCAUUACUCAUUUAUAUUACCAAAGCCAAACUUUCAUCUAAAGUCUAAAGAACAAAGUAUUAGAAAUGCAUUACCAGUUCUGGAGCCAAAGCCUCUCUUAUAGCAACAUGGACCAUAAUUUUGGUAUCUCCCACAUUGGAUGGUGAAAGAAUGGAGAAUAUUCUAAAAGCAAAAAUGCAGCAUCAGUUGUUUCCUUACUUAUCAAAACCACCAAUACCUUAUUCUUGGGUAAAUCUUUAAUCAGUAAAUUAACAAAUUGCAUUUAAAAAGUAGCACCUGGAGCUUCUCCCUUGCCAGUAAUUGAAAGCAUUCUUUCUUAAAGAUCAGGGAUGGACCCUUUUGAGAUUAAAGGAUCCAAAUGUACACUCUAACUUGGUUUCAGCAAGAAUGUUCUUGCCCUCUACUCCUAAGAAUUUGCCCCAGGUUUAAAAAGGAAGAGCAAUAGCAUGAAAAUACAAUGUCUCCAGCCUACUGUUGUAGUUCACUGGUCUUUCCAAACAGGAAAAUAUCAUUUAUGCCCAGAUGGAAAGCAAGACUAUCUGCCACUGCUAUAUAGUUCCUUGGUUUGACAAUAAUAUAUUUGUUUGAAGUCUUUGGAUUCAAAUAACUGGAUUGCAUUAAAACUGAUAAUAAAUAUUAAUAAUAAAAUACUGA